AUGAAGAUUACAGAUAGCUUUAUAACAACAACCUAUGGUGACAGUAGACGAGUGACAACACUCGACCUAUCAAAGAAACAGAUCGAUUCCAUCAAUCUAACAGUUGCAUGUCCACAACUCAAAAAGGUGUCAAUCAACGACAACAAGAUUACCUCUCUUGGAGGUAUAUCUAAACUAUCAACUAUGGAAAUGCUCAAUGCUGCUCACAACUCUAUCGAUUCAAUGCUUGAUGUUAAAACAUUAACAAAACUUAAAGUAUUAAAUAUAUCAUACAACAAAUUAAAAAAGAUUGAAGGAUUGGGAAAGAUGGAUAGUUUGAAUGCAUUGGUACUCAAUGACAAUGAAAUCACAGUCAUUGAGAAUUUGGAAGGUUUGACCAAUCUAAAUACACUGGUCUUAUCAAACAACAAAAUUGACAAUGUACGUGGCAUCGAACCACUCAAAGCAUUGACCAAGUUGUCAAUCUCACACAACCUCAUCAAACAAAUACCCGAUCUCACCGCACACCCCAAACUAAAGGAAAUUAGAAUGGCUCACAAUAGACUAACAUCUAUCGAUGAAAAGAUUAAAGAUCUACCAAACUUGGAGAUUCUUGACUUUUCACAUAAUGGUAUUAAAACUAUAAAGGAUAUUCAAAUAUUAACAAAAGUUGGGAAAUUAAGAUCAUUAAAUUUGAUUGGUAAUCCAGUUGCUGCGAUUGAAGGGUAUCGUGAUUUUGUAAAGGAUUUAUUCCCAGGAUUAGACAGUCUUGACAACAAACCAUUGUCAGACAACAAGACAAAGAAAAUUCAAAAGCGUAAUGCCAACAAGGAAAAGAAACAAUCAAUGGAAUUAAAGAGAAAGACUAGAGAUGAGGAAAGUGACGGUGAUGAACAAGAGGACAAGGACAAAAAGAAAAAGAAUGAUGAAAAAGAUUCUAGAAAGAAAUCAACUCCAACUGGAAAACCAUUGGCAAAGAGACCACCAACAACUAGACAACAACAACCAUCAACAGACUCUGAUUCUAAAAAGGCACCAUCAACUAGAAAGACAAGUCAAGAUGAUGCAAACAAGAAAUCAUCAUCAUCAUCAGUACCACCAACUAAAAAGACAACCAGUCAAGUUGAAACAAAGAAAGAUAAACCAUUAAAGAGAAAACAACAAGAUGAGGAAGACGACAAACCAACAUUGGAAAAGAAGAAGAAACCAACAACACCUGUUAAAAAAGAAUCUUUGACAAAGAAGGCUGUAGUAGUAGAGGAAAAGAAACAACCAAUUAAAAAACAAAAGACAACCAAAGAAAAUGUACAAGAAGAUGAUAAUGGAUUAGGACAAGUCAGUUUUGGAGAACGUGUACAAAGUUUGAAAAAGGUGGAUGUUGCACCAGAGAUAUCAAAAUCAACCAAGGCUCUUGCAGCUGCAUCUCUAUCGAGUCUUUUACAAAGAAAGAAAAAGGACAAUAUCGAAGAAACUGCACCAGAAGAAGAUAGAGCUUCUAAACCAGCCGAUUUCUACCCAACCAAAAAGAAAUCAAUAUCUCUCAACAAAAAACAAACAAGAGAAGCUCCCAAAUUUGACAAUAAUGAUAUUACAACUUUCGCAGAUAGUGAUGAUGAAAAGGAAACUACCUCAUCUCCUGUAUUCCAAUAUAAAUUUAGUUCUCAAAAUGACAGUAAUAACGAUGACAACAAUAAUAAUAUUAAUAAUAAUAUUAAUAAUAAUAAGAUAGAAGAAAAGGAAAAGAAACAAGAUAGAAUGGAAAUUGAUAAAAAGGAAAAGAAACAACAACCAACAACAACAACAACAACAACAACAACAAAACAACCAGAAAAAGAAAAAUUACAAACAAAACCAAAACAACAAAGAGAUGAAAUUGUAAAAGAACAAGAAAAUGAAAGAAAGGUUAGUUUGAAUCUUGGAGAUGAACCAAAACAAAUCAAACAACAAUCAACUCAAAAAGAAGAAACAAAACCACAAAUCAAGGGAUCAAACUUGAUGGGAUUGGAUAGAGAUGAUGAUGACGAUGACGAUGAUUAUUCAUCUUUUAGAAAACAAAAGGAAGAAUCUAAUUUUGUUGUAAAGAAAUCGACUGUUUCCACUUCUUCUAAAAAGUCUGGUGGUAUAGGUUCAUUCUUGACUCAACAACAAAAACAAAGUGCUUUUAGUUGGGAUUAA